CUGUUGUGGAUAAACACUUGAGGGAACGUACAGGAUCCCCCAGGAGCAAUAAAUGCCGGCUCUGUUUCCCUCCAGGUGCGGCAGGCGAGCCAGAGCUGCAGGUGAUCCAGCCUGACAAGUCCGUGUCUGUCGCAGCCGGACAGACAGCCACUCUGCAGACAGCCACUCUGCGCUGCACCGUGACCUCCCUGUACCCCAUUGGGCCGGUUGAGUGGUUCCGGGGGACAGGGCCAGCCCGGGAGUCAGUCUACAAUUUCAAAGGAGGCCACUACCCCCGAGUAACAAAUGUUUCAGAUGUCACGAAGAGAAAUGCCACGGACUUUUCCAUCCGCAUAGCAGACACGGGAGCCUACUACUGUGUGAAGUUCCAGAGAGGCAGCCCUGAUGUGGAGUUUAAGUCUGGACCCGGCACGCAGGUCACCGUGAGCGCCAAACCCUCUCCCCCCGUGGUGUCGGGCCCCGCGGCCAGGGCCUCGCCUGAGCAGACAGUGAGCUUCACCUGUGAGUCCCACGGCUUCUCCCCCAGAAACAUCACCCUGAGAUGGUUCAAAAACGGGAAUGAGCUGGCAGCCUCCCAGACCACCGUGGACGCAGAGGGACACGGCACUUCCUACAACAUCUCUAGCAUGACCAGGCUGGUGCUGGCCCCGGGGGACGUUCGCUCCCAGGUCAUCUGUGAGGUGACCCACGUGACCCUGCAGGGGGGCCCUCCUCUCCGUGGGACUGCCAACUUGUCUGCGGUCCUCCGAGUUCCGCCCACCUUGGAGGUUUCCCAGCAGCCCGUGGCAGGGGACCAGGUGAAUGUCACUUGCCAAGUGACGAAGUUCUACCCCCGGCACCUACAGCUGACCUGGUUGGAGAACGGAAACGUGUCCCGAACAGAAAUGGCCUCAGUGGCCUCGAGCCUCAUAGAGAACAAGGAUGGGACGUUUAACUGGACGAGCUGGCUCCUGGUGAAAUCAUCCACCCACAGGGAAGAUGUGGUGCUCACGUGCCAGGUGCAGCAUGACAGGCAGCCUGCGAUCACCAAAAACUGUACCCUUGUGGCCUCUGCCCACCAGAAAGACCAGGGUGAGACCUCAAUGAUCCUGUUCCUAGCGUCCUGCCCCCUGCUCCUUCCCCUGACAGUGAUUAAGUCCCUGCCCCUCCAGCCACCCCCUGCUCCUGCUCUUUCUUACCUGGGCAUGCUCUCUUAUCCCUUCUAGACCUUUCCAUCACCACCCCAGGAAAUGUCUGCACCUGCCACUCUAAAAUUCUGGAAGGGACCCUGAGGACCUGGAGAUUUGAGUCUUGACCAGGCUCCCGGGUGACCGUGUGUGCUCACACCUGGGGUCUCCUUCAUCCCCUUGUUUGUGUCAGCAGGCCAGCAAUAUUCAUGAUUGCUCACAACACAUUUACUUUAUGCCAACUCCAGUUCAUUUCUGGUCUCCUUUCCUGCCUCAACCAACCCUGUGACCUGGAAUUUUACAGAAGGGACUCAGGGAGC